GUGACCGUUAGUAACCACUCUUUGACUUCUUCGCAAGUCGAAGGCUCAUUACUAGUAUAGUGAGUCCGGAGGGUGUGUAAUAAUGAUUUGACAAAAUAUUGUUCGGUGAUAACGAAUUUUUACUGAUAAAAAUAAUACGCGUAAUGAUUUAGAGCGAACUGAGACAUUUUGUUUUGUGUUACUUUAGACAGCUUCUUGAAAGUUCGAACAAGUUAUUAAGAUGGCGAAAGUUUUAGCAUUUUCCAGGAUUCUGCGAAGUUUACAUAAUACGAAGUAUAUAUCCAGGUCUUUGAUAAAGUGUCAGCAUACAUCAGCACCUUUGCAAUGCUCAUCCAAAACACAGCCAUUACCCAAGAAGGAAAUAGUGGAAGUUACGUUUGUUAAGGCAAAUGGUGAGCGAAUCAAAGUGAAGGGCAAGGAGGGUGACAGCCUCUUGGACAUUGUAGUGAACAACAGUGUUGAUCUGGAUGGCUAUGGCGCGUGUGAGGGCACUCUGACGUGCUCAACGUGCCAUCUUAUCUUCAAGAAGGAGGAUUUCGACCGCCUGCCGGACAAAGCCACAGAUGAGGAGCUGGACAUGCUGGAUCUGGCAUAUGACCUCGCAGAUACGUCAAGAUUGGGUUGCCAGAUCAUCAUGAGGAAGGACCUCAGCGGGCUGGAGGUGCGGGUCCCAGCAACUGUCAACGACGCUCGCAGUUAGUAGUUGAAAUGCCAUGUGGCCAGUUUAGUGAGCCUCAUGGCCGCAUUACCAUGUCGGUUGAAAGAGUUGUGAGGACAGUCAUUAAUGAAAGCUGUAAAUUUUUUUAUGGUGUUUUAGGGGUUGGGCUGGUAAUUGUAUGUACAAAUAUAUCUGUUAUUAAAGUUUAUCUUGCCACUGA